AUGUAUAGCGAUAACGGGCGCAACUUUGUUGGUGCAGAACGUGCACUAGACGAAAUGGUACAGCUUCUCGCUUCACGCGAGCACAAUGAUGUCGUUUCAAAAGCCCUUGCGGAUCAAGGCAUCAAAUGGAAUUUUAUUCCUCCAUAUUCACCACACUGGGGUGGUAAGUGGGAGUCGGCAGUACGCUCGGUUAAGCUGCAUUUGCGACGUGUAAUAGGAACCAACGUCCUCACCUUUGAGCAGAUGCACACACUGCUCUCGCAAAUAGAAUCUGUCGUUAAUUCGCGACCAUUGUGCGCAGCAUCGGAUACUGAAAUUGCCUACCUGUCACCGGCACAUUUCUUAAUUGGCAGAACAUAUACAGCAGUUCCUGAAGACGGCUAUUUGCAGAUUCCGACCAAUCGAUUGAGCUACUGGCAGCAUGUUCAAGCAAUGCUUCAAGGAUUUUGGAAGCGUUGGCAUCAAGAAUACUUGACAUCGCUACAACAGCGCCCGAAAUGGACCACCAAGUUACCAAACAUUGCGAUCGGUAAUCUUGUACUGAUCAAGGACUCUAACGCUCCUCCAUCGGCAUGGCUCUUAGGACGGGUAACUCAGGUGUUCACAGGAGCUGAUGGCCUUGUCAUAGCGGUUCAGGUUCUCACCAAAUCAGGACAAGUCACUCGCCCUAUCACAAAGAUUGCAGCCCUACCGGGUUCAGAAACGGAGUUUCAGGGGGGGCGGGAUGUUGAGGAACCAAUUGUCAUUUAA